AUGCAGUUGAACAAUAAAACCGCCGCCCAUCUUCCGUCGCAGGUGCAGUCACUGGAGUUUGACCGCAGCAAGCUGACCCCCGGGAUCUUGCAUUUUGGCGUUGGGCAGUUCUGCCGCGGGCACCUGAUGUUGUACCUGCGCGACAUCUUUCGCCUCUCUGCUGCCGAGGACGGCCGCUACAAUGACUGGGGCGUCGUGGGUGUGAACGUCUUGGACGGGCCCAACGAGAAGAAGAUGUUUCAUGACUUCAAGAAGCAGGACUGCUUGUACACGCUCACCAUCACACCAACCUCAGGAGAGUCGGAGCACUGCUUGAUGGGGUCAAUGGUCGACUACAUCUUCGCCCCGACCGAGCAGACAAAGUUGCUGCAGAUGGUUGCCGACCCACGUAUCAAGAUCGUCUCGCUCACCAUCACAGAGGGUGGCUACAACAUCGACGAGAAGACGAACACCUUUGACGUAACCAACAAGGAUGUGCAGCGGGACCUGAAGAACCCACAUGCACCAACCACCACCUUUGGCUACAUCGUCGAGGGUCUCCGCCGCCGUCAUAAGUCCGGCGUGGCGCCGUUCACAAUCAUGUCGUGCGACAACCUCCGCCACAACGGCGACGUGGCGAAGAAGGCGAUUCUCGGCUAUGCGAACGCCCUUGACGCGGACCUGGCGUCGUGGAUUGAGUCCAACGUGAAGUUUCCAAAUAGCAUGGUUGACCGCAUAACACCUGGCACGACGCCACAAAUCCGCGAGCGGCUCAACAAGAUGACCGGAGUUGAUGACGCACAACCGGUGCUGGCGGAGGACUUCUAUCAGUGGGUGCUUGAGGACAAGUUCAACAAAGGUGUGCGUCCGCCGUGGGAUCGUGUGGGCGUGACGUUCUCCGACGACGUGGCCGGUUACGAGCAGGUCAAACAGCGCAUCCUGAACUCCUCGCACAUCAUGCUGACGUGGCCUGCGCUGCUUCUCGGCUACCAGUACAUCCACGAGGGCAUGGAGGACACCGAUGUCAGCCGGCUUGUGGAGGAAUCCCUUGACAAGGACGUCCUCCCGACACUGCGGGCGCCGGCGGGUAUGGACCUCGUGGCGUACAAGAACAAGGUGCUCUCACGCUUCAAGAACCACGCUCUCGGUGACCAGUUGCUGCGCGUUGCCGGAGACGGCUGCUCCAAGGUGCAGGUCUUCUGGACGGUCACCAUAACAGCGGUUUUGAAAGACAAGCGCGAUCACUCACGCUUCGCAUUCGGCAUCGCGGCGUACAUAGAGAUGCUGAAGGGCAAGGAUGAAAACGGCCGCGUGUUCCCUGUGGUCGAACCAAAAUUGCCAGUGGGUUACGAGGCGCUUGCGAGCAGCUCUGAUUUGGCCGCGCCGCUGCAGCUUCCCGUGUUCGACUCGUGGCGUGCCCUCGACCACGCGCAGCUAGACAGUGACAUUGUGAAGUACCGCCGUCUCAUCCAGAAGCACGGUGUGCGCGCGGCGAUGCCAUGGAAGGCAGAGGGUUUGUCACACCCUUAA